GCAAAAACAAAUCGAAAUAAUAUUUGCCGUGCUUUCAACACGAACAAGACUUUGCCGUUUGUUUUUCUACAUAUAGAUCAACAUGUCUGAUAUAGGAUCGGAAGAGUUCGAAGAAGAUGAAGGCAUUAAUCUUGGGGAGUAGGAUGGUGAUCGAAACGAGAAGGAAGAACGCCAUGGCUACGGUAAAGCCACGCUACCAAGCGGAGAUACUUAUGAGGGACAGUACGAACACGGAAAAAGACACGGCAAUGGCACGUAUCGCUUCAAGAAUGGCGCCAAAUAUGUUGGCGAAUAUGUCAAAGGCAAAAAACACGGCCAAGGGACGUUUUGGUACCCAGACGGCUCGCGGUACGAGGGUGGCUUUGUGGAAGAUCGCAGAAAUGGCCAUGGGAUUUACUACUACGUAAAUGGGGACACUUACGAGGGUGACUGGUACGAGCAUCAGAGGCACGGACAGGGCGUUUACACGUACUCAGCGACUGGGACCAAGUACAAAGGAUCUUGGGUGCAUGGCAAGCGCGACGGCACGGGAGAACUUGUUCACUCCAAUCACAGAUACAUGGGUAAUUUCUUGGAUGAUAACCUCCAGGGCGUGGGCAAAUAUCGCUUUGAUAUCGGCUGUGAGCAACACGGGGAAUACGUUUUGGAGGAAAAGAUCCAGGAAGGAGAUACCGAAGAAGAUGAACAACUGACCGUGUUGACUGCCAAGUGGAAAUGUUCAGGUGUCACUGAAAUUGAGCCGGCCAUCAUUGGAUAGAUUUGUCGCACUUGAAAUGUUGACUGUCUGGGACUUUUUGUAGAUAUUUUGUACGAACUCCUCUUGUUUACAUCAGUUGUUGGAUCUAUUUUAUUUAUUAACAACAAAUCUUCUUGAGGGUGAAUAAAACUGCCUUACUG